GCAGAUGCCACUGGGCACCAUGGUGGCUCUCGGACUGUGGUUCUUGGUGGCAGGCCUGGCAGGAACUGGUGCUGCCGUGGAAAGCUGGCCUGCCAUUGGGGUGUCCAAUGGGGGGCCGUGGGGGCCCUGGGCCUGGCAGGAGAUGUGCCCCCAAGGGACCUAUGCCACAGGAUUCAGCCUCAAGGUGGAGCCUUAUCAAGGGCAGGCAAAAGACGACACGGCCCUGAAUGGCCUCCGGCUGCAUUGCGCGCGUGGCAGCCACGGUGGGAAGUCUGAGGCCAAAACAGUGGAGUCCCAGAGCAACGUGUGGGGCCACUGGACCAACCCCCUCUGGUGCCCCCCGGGCGGCUACCUGACUGGCUUCUCUCUGCGGGUGGAGCGUGUCCGGCGUGGCCUCAGCGACUACAUGGGCGCCACCAACAUCCGCUUUGCCUGCUCAGACGGGAAGGUCCUGGAGGGGCCAGGGCUGCCCUGGGGGGAGUACGGAGCCUGGAGCCCCUCCUGCCUCAAGGGCCUGUGUGGGAUCCAGACCAAGCAGGAGGCCAUCCGGGGGGUCCUGGUGGAUGACUCUGCCCUCAACGACAUCCGCUUCCUCUGCUGCACCCAGUGAGCCCACAGAGGCCUCAGCCGGAGCCCCGGCAGGGGGUCCCACCACCCAGCUUUCCCCAACCCCCAGUCUUCUGCCAAGACCCUUCGGAGCGGACGGAGGUUGCAACAGAGAGCGGCGUUUAUUUCUUGGGCUGCCAAUAAACCUGCAAGAUUGCC